AUGAGUGCGAUGAAGAAAGUUAUAGUGGUUGCCGGUACUACGGGUGUCGGGAAGUCGCAGCUGUCUAUACAAUUGGCGCAACGGUACAAUGGUGAGGUGAUCAAUUCUGACUCGAUGCAAGUGUAUAGGGAUAUCCCUAUCAUCACCAACAAGCACCCUGUGGAGGAACGGUUUGGGGUGCCCCACCACGUUAUGAACCAUGUAGGAUGGGAGGAAGAGUACUAUUUACAUAGGUUCGAGUCCGAGUGUCUCUCGGCGAUUGCAGACAUACACAGCAGAGACAAAACACCGAUAAUCGUCGGCGGUACCCACUACUAUCUGCAAGUGCUGUUUAACAAACAUAUCGAUACGGCCACCAUGGAUUCUGUACCUGAGACCAUUGAACUCAGUGAACAACAGCGAUCACUAUUGGAGUCGGGCGAUAGUGACAGGAUAUACGAGACUUUAACCAGUGUGGAUCCACAGAUAGCCAAGAAAUUUCAUCCCAACGAUACUAGGAGAGUACGAAGGAUGCUAGAGAUUUUUUACCAGACUAAGAAGAAACCGAGCGACUUAUUCAGCAAACAGGAAGUCUCCCCGAAAUUUGACACUUUGUUCUAUUGGAUAUAUAGCAACCCUACAGAACUGGACGAAAGACUGGACUCUCGUGUGGAUGCCAUGUUAAAAUCAGGUGGUAUGGAUGAGAUAAACGAGCUGUAUAGAUAUUAUAAAGAACAUAACCUGAACCCCGAACAGUGUGAAAAUGGUGUAUGGCAGGUGAUAGGCUUCAAAGAGUUCUUGCCAUGGUUGUGCGAUCCAAAGACAGCAACACUAGAAAAUUGUGUAGAGAGAAUGAAAAUACGAACACGACAAUACGCUAAGAGGCAAGUGAAGUGGAUAAGGAAAAUGCUCAUCCCGGACAUCAACGGAGAUAUAUACUUACUAAACGCCACAAACCUUCUCAACUGGGACCAGACAGUUUCUAAGAGAGCUUUUGCGAUUGGCGACCAGUUCAUGAAAAACGAAAACAUAACUGCCGCUCACGCACCUGAAGAAUUGCGACACUUAAUAUCUAAAGAACAAACCGUUGAAAGAAAGUUGGACAAUUGGGAUCACUUCACGUGUGAUGUAUGCAAAGAUAAUAAGGACCAACCUCUACUCUGCAUAGGUGAGAAAAAUUGGAAUAUUCACUUGAAUAGCCGGAGACAUAGAUCGAACCUGAAAAGGAAACAUAAAAAAUCAGGAUUCGAAAAAUGGCAGAUGGCAAAAAAAGCUAAUCUCGAAAACAAAGAAAAUGAAGUGUAA